AUGAUGAGGAAGCGUGCUGAUGCUUCUAACCCGGUCCCUGAACUGGAACCUGAACCUGAGGCGGAGGAGGUUGAAGAAGAUGCACCUGCUAGAAGGAGCGCAAAGCAGAACUCGUGUGUCUUUUCUCUUCAUGGCUGGUGUUACUCUUCCCAGGAUCUCGUCGAAGAGCUCUGGAGGCAUCCUCAGAUACUUCUGGAAGGCGUUGACAUCUUCGGUGGGGAGCUCCCAAGUAUCGCUGAUCCUUGCACCCAACGAAACCCGUGCGUCAAUGGUGUCUGUCGUCCUAGUGGACAAGGGCAGUACGAAUGUGAAUGCCAAGAUCAUUAUGAGGGGAUCCAUUGUGAUGAACCAACUCUUCCUUUGGAGGUUUCUGUCCAUCCGUCAAGCCAGAUAGUCAACAUCAAUGCCAGAGUGGAGCUGACAUGUAGUUUCAACAAUGCCAAGCGAUACCACUGGUACAAAGAUGAUGUCCUUUUGCCUAACAGUGGAAAUCAGAAUCCUUUGAUAAUCAUGUCUGUCACUCCAAGUGACAUCGGGUAUUACUUCUGCCGAGGCUCGGGGAGAAAUGAAGAAACUUUAGACACGAUGCGAGCAUCUGUAUAUGUCAAAGAUCUGACCAAUAUAAUAGUUUUGAACGCUAGAUUUGCCAUUCCAUUCAGCGAUGAGCUUCAUGACCAAACGUCUAAACUCUAUAAAGAAACGGCGCUCAACAUCAGCACCUAUGUGGAGCAAGGCGUCCGAACCAGUUCUGGUUUAAAGAGUCUAUCAGUAGUAUGCAGAGCCCUAAGACCGGGAAGCGUCAAAGCUGACAUGAAUUUCUACAUCGAGCGGACCAAUAUGACGGCAACGGAGAAACAAGAUCUUGUUGGUCGAUCUCUUGAUAGUCUAGCCAAUGAAUCGAACGGUUUUCUCGAUUCAAACACCAUUUCAGUUCAAGAUAACGCUAUUUGCCAGAAUAUCUCCUGGAUAUCUCCUCGCUUUGAAAAAGUCGAAUUUCCGGUGGGUGAAAACGGAACAUGGGCAAAUUCAACAGGAAUGUGUCCAUUCAACACUACUCAAGUUAAUGAACCGAUUGGACGGGCUCUGUGUAUCGGCGAUGGUAUUACCCAGAGCCAGUGGCAACCUGUGGAUAAUUGCGGACCAUUUAGAAAUGUCACAGAUAUUCUCACCGAAAUUGCACAGGUAAUCGUAGAUGAAGAAAACGCAGGUGAAGUGAGCCAGCAAGUAUCGUCUGUUACUUCCAACAUCGAAGAUAUCACAUCAGAUGACAUCACGUUUGUGGCAGAGAUAACAUCAAACAUUGUGCAGCAAAAUCUUACUAGUGAAGAGGUAACAAACUCUAUAACGAGUAUUGUGAGCAAUAUAGCUCAGGUAGAAACAGAGCAACUUCAAGCCGCAGAGGCAGAAGAUGGGGCAAUAAGUAAAUUUGUCCAGGCUUUUGAGGAGCAAAUCAGUCGUGUUGAGGUUGCCGAUGGUGGGAUGCUCCUCAUUCAGCAGCCAAAUGUAGCCGUACAGGUGAUUUUACAUUUAUAUCAUAGGCUACGAAAAAAUCAUUUGAAAUCCACCAGUAUACUAAAUAUAGAAAUUCACUUCCAAGUUGUAUAAUUGUUUGCAUGCAUAUUCAAAAUAAAUAUUUGGUUUAAAAACCUGACGAUGCCAUUCAUCUAUUGUGGUCC